CAACGCCGGUCACCGCAGGCCCCCGCCGUCCACCGUUCGGCGUGUGGGUGGCCGGUCCCGCGGCGGCCGGGGCCCGGACACGCCCACGGACCAACACUCACGCGCGAUUGUCGCUAGCCGAGCGCCGCCCUGUGCCGCCGACUUAGUAACAGCACCACCGCCGCCGUCAUAUUUACGCGGCCGCGCCGGAUAUACUAUACCAGCAUCAGCCACACACCGCUCUAUUCGCUUCUUGGCCCUGGCCACGGUCAAACUACCAUUGCGCCACCACCGUAAUACCGACGUACCGCACACCCGCGCGCCACCACAACCGCUGCAAGUUAACGGCACACGAUAUACAUAUUGCCGUGACUUUUCGGACGAGUGCUCUAUUCUAUACCGGAGUUGGUGCCGUCACAAUAUGAUUUGACGUCUUCAGAUAAUGGGAACAGGAGAUCGGUUAUUGGAUAUCCCGUGCAAAGUUUGUGGGGAUAGAAGUUCUGGAAAACAUUACGGCAUUUACAGCUGUGACGGUUGUUCCGGGUUUUUCAAAAGAAGCAUCCACCGGAACCGGGUGUACACGUGCAAGGCACAAGGCGAACUCAAAGGCAGGUGCCCCAUUGACAAGACCCACAGAAACCAGUGUAGGGCUUGCCGGCUCAACAAGUGUUUUCAGUCGGCGAUGAACAAGGACGCGGUUCAACACGAGCGAGGACCACGCAAACCAAAGUUGCACCAUCACCACCACCAUCAUCAUCACCACCCGAUGAAGGACUCGCCGCAGCCCGCCGUCAACCACCAGCGGCCACCCGGCCAAAUCCCGCUGACCGCCGACCACAGCAACAUGAUCCAAAAGACGUCUUCAGCUUACCCGAAAACGCCGAUGGACACGACUCUGCCAUCCAUGCCACCUGCGCCGCCGUCGCAGCAACACCACCAUCAUCUACAGCAACAGCAACAGCAGCAACAACAGCCGCCGCCGCUUCCGCAGCAACAGCAGCAGCCGCCACCACCGCCCACGGUUUUGCCGCCCACGCCGCCGCAGGGACACGUUUUCUUGGGACAACAACAGCCCCCGCCGCCACCCGGGCUCUUGCAGAUACUCAUGUCGGCUGAAAAAUGUCAGGAAUUGAUAUGGAGCGCAAAGAUGUCUGAAGCCUCGUCACCUAUUGGCAUACCGCAACCGACCAGUCCUCAGAGUUCACUAUCUUUGUCGUUGUCACCAACUUGGGAAGUCUUACAGGAGACCACAGCUCGAUUACUCUUCAUGGCUGUUAGAUGGGUCAGAUGCUUGGCUCCGUUUCAGACCCUUUCCAAACAUGACCAGUUGCUACUGUUACAAGAGUCGUGGAAAGAACUGUUCCUGUUACAUUUGGCUCAGUGGUCCAUUCCUUGGGACCUAUCGCCACUAUUAAACUCAGAGAAGGCUCGCGAAAGGCUGCCAGCAGACGAUACAAAAGUCAACAAUGAAAUGAAAAUUAUACAAGAGAUAUUGGCACGUUUUCGACAACUGUCACCCGAUGGCAGCGAGUGCGGUUGCAUGAAAGCGGUUAUUCUAUUCACCCCAGAAACACCGGGCUUGAUCGACGCGCAACCGGUGGAAAUGCUUCAAGACCAGGCGCAGUGCAUAUUGGGCGAUUACGUGCGAGGCCGGUACUCGAGACAGCCCACAAGGUUCGGACGGCUGUUGCUAAUGUUGCCCAAUCUGCGGGCAGUCCGGCAGGCGACCAUCGAGAGGCUGUUCUUCAAGGAAACCAUUGGCGACAUACCCAUACAGAGACUUCUAGGUGACAUGUAUCACAUGGAAAAGUCGUACGCGUAGUUAACCAAACAUAAUAUAAAUAUUUAUAUGUGUGUAAUAUAUUAUAAUUUAUAAUACAGUGAAAUUUCCAUAUAACCAUCUUCCAUUUAACAAAACGUUCAGUUUAACGAAACAUUUUUGAGAACCAAACCAAAUUGAACCUAGUUUAUAUUUAAUUUUAUCUACCGAAAUUCUCUAUAGCUAUAUAUAAUACGAAUUUUUCUAUUGCCCGUGAGACUUGGUAAUAACUAAUAUACCUAUGGAAGUU